CCGGAUGAUAGCUCUGAUUGGCCAAACACUCCAACAAUCACCAACUGGGCCCGCCUCUUCCCGGAAGCUGACUGUCAGCUGAUUUGUUUUUAUUGACAACGGUGACGUUACAUUAUCGGUAAAUAUCCUGAACACAAAAGCUCAUCCCUUCGUCUUUCCCCCUUUUCUCUCUACAUAUCUUUCCUCCGCGUACCCCGGUAUGGACGAAACUAGUCCGUUGGUUUCCCCGCUACGGGACUCCAACGACUUCGGCUUCUGCCCCACCGAGCCCACCAGUCCCCGGGGCGGAUUUGGAGGCACGCCGGGCUCGGUGGUUCGCAUCCCGGCAGGGAGUCCGGAGCGCAGCCGGGAGAGACAGCCGUUGUUGGACCGGGACCGAGGAGGUUCACCACGGGACCCGCAUAGAAAUGACUUUUCGGAGGAUCCCGAGUUUCGAGAGAUCAUCCGCAAGGCGGAACGCGCCAUCGACGAAGGGAUCUAUCCGGAGAGAAUCUACCAGGGAUCCAGCGGCAGCUACUUUGUCAAAGAUUCACAAGGGAAGAUCAUCGGUGUGUUCAAGCCUAAGAACGAGGAGCCUUAUGGUCAGCUGAACCCAAAGUGGACCAAGUGGCUCCAGAAGCUGUGUUGUCCCUGCUGUUUUGGACGGGACUGUCUGGUCCUGAACCAGGGUUAUCUGUCUGAGGCUGGGGCCAGUCUGGUGGACCAGAAACUAGAGCUUAACAUAGUACCCAGGACCAAGGUUGUGUACCUGGCCAGUGAGACGUUUAACUAUAACGCUAUAGACCGGGUCAAGUCCAGGGGUAAGAGGCUGGCUCUGGAGAAGGUACCCAAAGUGGGACAACACUUCCACAGGAUCGGCCUGCCUCCCAAGUUGGGUUCGUUCCAGAUCUUCGUUGAGGGCUUUAAGGAUGCAGACUUCUGGCUGCGGAGGUUUGAGGCAGACCCCUUGCCAGAGAACACCAACAGACAGAUGCAACUACAGUUUGAGAGGCUGGUGGUCCUCGAUUACAUCAUCAGGAACACAGAUCGGGGAAACGAUAACUGGCUUCUAAAAUAUGACUGUCCCAUGGACCAGGGGAACCGGGACACAGACUGGGUAGUAGUGAAGGAUCCUAUCAUCCAACUAGCUGCUAUAGACAACGGACUGGCCUUCCCUCUCAAACACCCCGACUCCUGGAGAGCCUACCCGUUCUACUGGGCGUGGCUGUCCCAAGCCAAGGUUCCGUUCUCCCAGGAGAUAAGAGAGCUGGUUCUUCCCAAACUGGCUGAUCCCAACUUUAUCAAAGAUCUGGAGGAAGACCUGUACGAACUGUUUAAGAAAGACCCAGGCUUCGACAGAGGGCAGUUCCACAGGCAGAUAGCUGUUAUGAGAGGACAGAUCCUGAACCUCAGCCAGGCUCUGAAGAACAGUAAGACCCCCCUCCAGCUGGUCCAGAUGCCUCCAGUUAUAGUAGAAACAGCCAGAGCACCACAGAGGGCCAACAGUGAGUCUUACACACAGAGCUUCCAGAGCAGGAGACCCUUCUUCACCCGGUGGUAGAGGAGGAGGAGUGUGCAAGUGUGUACGUCAAAUGUAUGUGUUUAAAGGGCAAACGAGUGAGGAGUCUCUCCUACCCCCGCCCUCUCCGCCCUCUCCUACCCCCAAUGGACACAGACGGUAUUGAGAAUGACUGAGGAAGACGAGGAGGACUGAGGACAAAAGGAAGAGAACGCAUAUCCCUCCGUCUGUUUGUCUCUGUGCCUUGUGUGGAUGUCAAAGAUGAUGAUGAUGAUAUCUUCCUAUAAGGAAUGGAGUCUAUAUGAUGGGCUUAGUAAACUCCCUUUCUAUGGAGGUGCACACAGUGUAUGUCCCAAAAGGAGCCCUACUCCCUAGUGCACUACUUUUGACCAGGGCCCAUAGGGUUCCAUCUGGGAGACAGACACUUAACUCAGCCACUGCAGUUUUAAAGCCUCUCUCUCUCUCUCUCUCUUCCCCCCCGGUUUGGUUGAGAGGUGCUGUUGCAUUCCUUAUGACGGCCACUCUGUGGACAGCAGCAGCCAUGCGGACUCAUUGCUCUCAUGGCUCUCUACUGCCCCCUUUGUCUUGGGAUGAGGAACUGCAAGGUACUGCAGCGCGUUGGAAGUUUUAGGGGGCCACAUUUGGAGAAACGACUACUUUUCCCCUCUUUCUGAAAAUAACAGGGGAAAAGUAGAUCAGAUUUUCCUCUCCGCCAUUCUGUAGUCCAAUACAUGUACGAUGUCUCCCAUCGCUUCUGUCUACUUUGAUUUCUGGUAAUUCGUUUUAUAAUUUUUCAUUCUUGUGGGAGAAAGAUGGACAUGUUUUUUUUGAAAACACACUAUCAGGACUUCCUGUUGCCACAGAUUCUAACUGACCUGAAAUGUAUUGUGACAUUUGCACUGUAUAAUUUGCCUGUAAUAUAUUUAAUGAAAGACUAUAACAGAACUGUAUUACAUUAAUA